CACCAUCACCGUUUUGAGCCAUCAUGCUCUUUCUCAAACCUCUUCUUGUCACAGCCGCAGUUCUAGUCACCCAGUCAGCUGCUGAUGGAUGCCAUAUCCAAAGUAAGUCAACGAGGCCGAGCAAAGACGCAAUUGAUCCUUCCAUCGCUGACUUACAGCAAAGAUGACCAUAUUGGCAAAACGUGCAUCUUCAAGGACCGCAUCCACUGGGAGUACCUUGUGAACAACUACUGCGGGAUGUACGAUCCCGGACGUGUUGUUCCAGUCGGUAGCUACACGUUGUUUGCAGGCAAUCACCGCAUUGACAAGGGCGAUGGAGGCCCCAAUCACUUGAUUACCCUUAAGGAAUGUCAUGACGACAUGAUGAAGAUCUGGGAUAAGUGUCCGGAGAGGAAGGGUGGAUGGGUAGACACGACGUUCGGCACAGUAAGCAUAUUCCCUUCUUGUCGUAUCCUGUGAUUGGCAUAUUGUCGCGUAUAGACGCCUCUGUAGUAGGGAGCAUCACAGGCACGACCCGCAAUCGGUGGAUAGGUAGGAAAAGUAGGUAUUUGACUCUGUCGAUAGGCCUCGGUAG